GAAUGGCUCCCGAUGGACCCGGAGCCUUCGGCCUCGUCCCCUCCCUCCUCCUCCUCCUCCUCCUCCUCCUCCUCGGCGGAUCCGAGGCUCAGGGAGCCGGGAAUGGCAGCCAGGAGCUCCCCGAGGAGGACGAGUCCCGGAUCAUCGGGGGCCGGCCGUGCUCGGUGGCCCAGCGGCCGUUCCAGGUGGCCCUGACCAAACGGGGGCAGAUCCUGUGCGGGGGGAGCCUGGUGAGCGCACGGUGGGUCCUGACAGCCGCGCACUGCAGACAGCCGGUCAGGGAGCUGCAGGUGUUGAUCGGCACCAGCUCGCUGCGGGCGGGCUCUGGCCAGGUGCGCCGCGUCUCGCGCGUCCAGGUGCACCCCAGGUACGACCCCCGGCGCAACGACAACGACUUCAUGCUGCUGCGGCUGGACUCACCUGUGCGCUUCGGGCCCCACGUCAAGAGGAUCCGCCCGGCCACCAGGUGCCCCCGCGCCGGCCUCACCUGCACCGUCAGCGGCUGGGGCACCACCAAAUCACCUGGAGCCAAGCUCCCGCGGGACCUGCAGUGUGCGCAGGUGCAGACGGUGGGGCCGGAGCAGUGCGCCCGCGCCUACGGCAGCGCCAUCACCCCCAACAUGUUCUGCGCAGGUGUGCCCCAGGGCGGCGUCGACUCCUGCCAGGGUGACUCCGGGGGUCCGUUGGUGUGCGGGGGUUUCCUGCAGGGCGUGGUCUCCUGGGGCAUGGCCGUGUGCGGCCAGCGCGGCCACCCCGGGGUGUACGGCAACGUCUGCAGAGUGACCACCUGGAUCCAGCGAGUGACCCGUGAGUGACCACUGAGUGACACUGAG